AUGGAGGCGGACGCGUGGCCGCGCCCACCAGAGCCGGGCGCCUCGCCGCCGGGCGCCGCCUCGCCGCCGUGGGGCGCGCCGUCGCCGGCGUGGGGCGCCUCGGGCCCCGGCUCGCCGUUCCUCCGCGCGGCCUCCGACGCGGGCCCGGGCCGCUCGGUCUCGCCGUCGGUGCGGCCGGCGUCGCCGGGCGGGGACGCGCAGACGCAGCUGGAGCCCCAGGUGAGGAUCAUGCGCGCGGACAUGGCGUCCCUGCGCAAGGCCCUGCAGGGCCUCGAGCAGGAGGUGCUGUGCCUGAAGCAGGGGCAGCAGGCCGCCAGGGCCGACGUCGACCGAGAGCGCGAAGACCGCAACAAGGCGUCCAUGGACCUGUGCAACAAGAUCGUGGCGCUGGAGCAGGACAGGGUGGGCGCGCUGGAGGCUCGGUUCCAGGAGCACAGCACUCAGCACGUAGCGGCCCUGCAGCAGCUGAAGGCCAUCUCCGGCAGCCUCGUGGAGCGACUGUCCAAGAACCCGCAGACGGAGGCCAGCCGGCCCGACGCGGAGAUGCAGCAGCGCGUGGGGCGUCUGGAGAGCUUGCUGGACCAGCUCCGCAGCGACCAUGCGGAGCACAGGGAGCACAUGUCGGCCUCGCACACCGACACACUGUCGCAGCUGACGUCCGCCAAGGACCGCACCGCGGACAAAACAACAAAUCAAGCAUACAACAGCGGCACACAUAAUUACAAUAUAGCACUAAGCAGCAUGAAGGACCGCAUCGUGGAAGACGCGGAGCUGCGGGACCGGCGCGCCACUCUUCUGGAGCGGCAGUUGGGCGAGGUGAGGGGCGAGGUGGAGAAGAAUUGCGGGCUGAGCUCGCAGAUGAUCAGGCAGACGGUGAUGCGCCUCGAGGAGGUGCAGAACCGGCUCCUCGCCUGCGAGGCGCACGGCGCCAACCUCCAGGAGGUCCGCGAGGUCUGCACCGAGCUGCCGAAAUGGAAGGAGAGCCUGGAGCAGCGCAUCGGCCAGCUGAACGCGGACCUGCGGGCCAGGCUGACGGAGCUCUCGGCGACGUACCAGAAGUACGCCCAGGAGCAGAAGCAGGACGGCGCCGCAGUCUUCGAGACCCUGAGGUCCGCGAACGAGAAGUUGAACGACCACAUAUCGAAGGACCAAAAGGCCCGGGACCUGUACCACACCUCCGUCCAGGAGCGGCUGCAGCACCUCGAGGGCAUCAUCGCCCAGAGCGCCUCCACCCACGCGGAGGUCGUCGAUGCCACCCACGCGGAGUUGGAGGGCAUCCACGCCCGCUUCGCUGCGUUAGAGGCGACCGCGUGCGCCAAGGCGCCCGUGGAACACCUCCAGGCGCAGUUGCGGCAGCUCGAGUUCGCGCUGGCCGGCGUGCGCGACAAGCACACGCAGGACCUGGAGGCCCUGAGGGAUGCGAGCCUGCAGAUCCAGGAGUCCCCCGCGGGCAGCGGGCUGGACGCGGAGCGGCUCGCCGAGCUCGAGCGGCGGCUCGAGGAGGCCCACGGCAGCCACCGGGGGCUCACGGAGGAGAUGCGGAACUCUCGCGACACGCACCAUCUCGGGGGCCGCAGUUCUCCGAGUUCUCCGAGAAGUCGUUGCAGGACCACGCCGAGCAGCAUUCCCAGUCGGUCCAGAAGCUCGGCUACCAGAUAG